AUGGACGACAUAGUGUAUUAUAACCCCAAUGAGGGCAGCUCCAGCGACGAGGCUAAGUCGUCGGAUGAGGAGGCAUUCGAAGAGGCGUUUAAGGGUGUAUUCGAGGACGAGUUUAAUAAGGCUGGUAGUAGUGUGGAAGUUGAAGAACGGCCAGAGCGAGUGCCUCUUAAGGAGCCGGAAGGAGGUGGAAACAUCGUUGUGGACGAGAAGGAUUAUAGCCUCUGCGAGCCGGUGGAUACAGAGCCUCGUGGUGGUCGAUUCGAGCCGCUGCUUAGUGAGGCACACGAGCGCGUUGUGAAGCCUGUAGCAGUAGUCGGUGGUAAUGAUGAGGACAUUCCAAAGGCGUUCUUCAGUGCGUUCUUUAAUCAGUCAGUUUACGAGCGAAUAGCCACAUGCACCAACCUUUAUGCUGCUUCCAAGCCAAAGUGGAAUGAGACUGGCCAGACUCGUGUUUAUGGCAAUGCCUUUAAGCCGGUCACAGCUGCUAAGAUAAAGCAGAUCAAGGCGGCUCUGCAUCUCGAGGAUCCUUCGUCGACGCCGUCCGUUAGUCUGGAUGAGGUCUUGAUCAGAUUCACCGGACGCUCCUUCCACGUCGUGAACAUGCGUGGCAAACCGACACCCAUAGGAUACUACAUCCUAGCCCUCUGCGAGCGCGGCUACCUGCUCGGUUGGUCGUAUUUCUCUCCGAACAAGAAGCUGGGGCAUAAGGAUCUCGGCGUAGAGAUUGCUGGUGUGGUCCGGCCGCGUGAGGUGACCAUUGCUAAGGCCCAGAAGGCAGCCAAGAAGGUAGUGGUUAAGAGGAAGAAGAAGGAUAAUUCGACGAGAAAUAAGGUCGUCGCCGCACCGGCCGCUCCCGCAGCAGCGACCCCUCCACCCCCACCUCCGCUCCUUCCUAAUCCGGACGAUUCUGUGAAUUUGACUUCCGAGCUAGCGGAUCGCUUAAAAGCAGUACUUGUGCAGUUUCUCACGACUGGAUACACUAUCGACGAGCGCGUCAAUCGACUUAGAAGGAAGCCACGGCCGGUCAACGCCUUCAUUCGAGAGCACGUGCGACUACAUUGGCAAGAGGCUCGAGAGCACAAGCUGGUGCCUCUCGUAGCCGCUCACUACAACGACUACAUAGGCGGUGUCGACAUUCACGACCAGUUAAGAAGCUACUGCUCGACUCAGCACAAGGCUAACAAGCCAUAG